UUUCAUAGGGUGAGGCGUUUCACUUUGGCACUUGCAACACUAUCGUUAACGUCUUGAUUUGCUUCCCACAACACAGAACACUCGGAACCACCUAACACGCAUAUUUACUUGUUUUGGACGCAAAGAAAAAUGCAGUGGCUUAACUCACUUGUAUCGGAAUAUGAGGGCCGGCCGCUACAAAAGUCGGGGAUGCUGACCAAGGAGCAAUUGAUCAAGUUCUUUCAAGACUCUGCUCAGCAGUUCAACAAUCCAGAGUUUAAGCAGCUCCUUAGCGUUGCCAUGAAGACGCGCGGGCCGGGCACCGCGGAGGAGAUCAUCAACGGCAUGCAGCGGCAAAUCCUGGAGAACAUGGGCGUGCAGGGGGACUUCGGGCUGAACUGCCUGGCACGUGUGAACGGGGUGUACGGAAACGACGCGGCCUUCCUGCGCCUCUUCUACGAGCACGUACAAAAGGAGGAGAUGGUGUUGGACGAGGCGGAGAUGCCCGAGUCCGCCUUCCGCUCCAAGUACGAGCAGCUGAACCGCUACCGAGAGGAGAUGGAGGCACGGCUGGAGAAGCUGAACGGCAUGUCGCAGGAGCAACGCAACGUCUACCUGUCCAACGUGUACAAGGAGAUGCUGGCGCGGGGCAUCGGCGGCGGCGAGUGCUGCUCCAACCCCAACGGCUGCUCACACCGGCAACCCGGGGGACCGCAGCUGCCCGCACCCGAGAUGGAGGCGCCGGCGGUGGCGCAGCCGGAGGGGGGCGCGGCGGCCAUUGGUCCCGGCGGGCCGUCAGUGAUGUCGGAGGCCGAGCAGCUCGCGUUCUUUGCAAGCCUGAAUGGGCCUGGGAAGCAGUAGAGUCGGAAUGGGCCUGGGAAGCAGUUGAGUCGGAAUGGGCCUGGGAAGCAGUUGAGACGCAUGCCG